AUGGACGGCGGAGCGUACGGUGGAGGAAAGGCAGGAGCCCCUUUCGACCCUAUUGCCUUCAUCCAAAGGCCUCAAGUCAUUCUAAGAGCUGUAUGUCUGACCUGUGACCUUCGUCUAACCCACUUCCAUGUCAAGACGGAACUGGACCAAGCCAAAACUAGAUUCGAUUUUGUAUAAAUAGAUACACAGGAAAAAACAAAUAUUUCACGGAAAAUC